AUGGCCACGUACGACUCCAAGGUACUCGAUAGAGCUGAGGGAGCGCUAUUUGGGUCGGCGCUGGGUGAUGCAAUUGGGAUCUAUACCGAGUUCAUGGCGGCGUUCCAAGCGACCGAGUUCUAUGGGCCAGAACCAAAGAUCUCUCUCAUCCCACCGGAGACGCCGCUCCAUAACGAUACCCAUCGAUGUCGCUUCGAAAGCAGAGCAUGGACAGAUGAUACGGACCACACCAUCCUCAUGAUGCUCUCGUUUCUGCGAAAACGCGAACUUUCACCCGACGAUUUCGCUGCUCGGUUACAUUUCUGGUGUACACAGGGCCUGCGUGUUUUGGAUAGACUUCCUAUGGGACUCGGCAAACUCGUUGGCAGCGUUGUCUUCGCUCCGGACUUCAAAUCACAUCCGGCUCGGACUGCGCUUGAGCGCUGGGAAGAAAGCGGCAAGAAUGUCGCCCCGAAUGGCUCUAUAAUGAGGACAACACCAGUUGGCGUAGUUUGCAUACCCCAAUCUGAAGAAGAAACAUUCUUCUCGGCAAUCCGAAUGGGGGCUGUCACCCAUGCCGAUCCUCGCUGUGCCCUUUCGGUCGCCAUUGUGUCUGGCCUCGUCCGCGCGCUGUGUCUCGGGGAGGUCCGCGACAUCGACGAUGUGAAAGCAUUAAUCGACCGUGCUUGGGCUUACACGGAGGUCAAGAUGCCUGAACACGCCUCAUUGCUGGACCGAGCAGAAUUUGACCGCCAUGCGUAUGCGGAGACCCUCGACUCGCUCGUGCUUGCUGACCGAACGAUGGGCUACGUCUAUAAAUGUCUCGGCUCCGCUUUGUGGUGUCUGCGUCGCACUCUCACUCGACAAGACACUUUUCGGUCAGCUAUGAUGACUCUUAUCAUGCACGGUGGCGACGCGGAUACCAACGGCGCUGUUGCUGGUGCUCUAAUGGGGGCGUUGAUUGGGUACAGGUACCUUCCUCCAGAGUGGCGGGAUGGGAUGCGUCAUCGAGAAUGGUUCCAGAGCAAAGUUGCUGCGCUCUUGGUUGUCUCUGGGCUCAAAGAGGGUCUAUAUGAUUCGGAGGCAGAUCAUGACACCGAGAUAGAUGGUGGCAAGGGGUCUUUGACAGAAGAGCAGAUGAAGAAACGCGAGAUGGACAUUAUGGAGCGGAUGCUCUUGGCGGAGAAAGAGCGUAGGGAAGCAGCCGAGGCGAAAGUCAAGGCUGCUCAACCUAAAUCAUUGUGGAAAUCAUUCAUUCCCAAGUGA